AUGUGGAUAAAAUCAAUUGCUAUGGAGGAGUGGGUGAGGAAUAAUAUUCGAUUAUCUGUGAUCAAGGAUAAAUCAAUGCUCCCGAAUUCUCUACAACAAGUGAUUUCUGAAGCAAAGGAGGCUUUAAAGGCAAACUCAAGACUCCAUUUUAUAAUAGCACUAAGUUAUGGUGGAAGAUAUGACAUAGUACAAGCUUGCAAAAGCGUUACUAGCAAAGUGAAGGAUGGUCUCAUUCAAUUGGAAGACAUCAACCAGAGCAUAUUAGAAGAACUAGAAACCAAGUGUGCCAAAUUCCCCAACCCUGAUUUACUUAUACAAACAAGUGGUGAACUUAGACUCAGCAACUUCAUGUUGUGGCAAGUGCACUAUACUGAAUUUUACUUUGUUGACAAAUGUUUCCCGGAUUUUGAGGAAGCAGACUUUAUAGAGGUCUUGAACUCAUAUCAGAAAUGA